AUGGCACCAUCUGAUACGGCCCAGGGCACGAUAAACAGAAACAAUCAGUAUUUCGGUGAUUCGGCCGCCAAUAUCAUGUCAUCGGACAGUCCAUUGUCGCUUGCGAAAGAUGAACAGAAGCCAUACGAAAUACGUGAGCAGCCGUUUGGCACAAAAAAGAGAAUGCGGAUCGUUAUCAUGGGAGCUGGAGUUUCUGGCCUGAAUUUCUUCAAGCAAAGCGAAUCUAAGCUGGAGAAUGUGGAAGUCCAAUGCUACGAAAAGAACAAUGACGUAGGAGGUACGUGGCUGGAGAAUCGCUACGCAGGAUGCGCGUGCGAUAUUCCUAGUGUAAAUUAUCAAUAUUCAUGGAAACCUGCCAUCUGGUCGAAAUACUACUCGGAAGCCCCUGAGAUUUGGCAAUACCUCAAAAGCAUCGAGCAGGAAAACGACUUUAUUCGAAAGUAUGUGAAACUACGACAUACCGUUCAGUCUGCCGAGUGGACAGACGCAACGGGUAGAUGGGCUGUCUGCGUGAGAGACGACGCAACAGGCGAGACGAGUAUUGACCAUUGCGAUGUCUUCCUCAACGGUGGCGGUGUACUGAAUAACUGGAAGUGGCCCCAGAUUCCUGGCCUUCAUGACUUCAAGGGCAAACUGAUGCACUCCGCAAAUUGGGAUCAAAACUAUGACUUUACCGGCAAGAGGAUAGCAGUCAUUGGAGCUGGUAGUAGCGGCGUGCAGAUUGUGGCAUCGUUGUAUGACAGACUCGAUCAUUUGUAUACGUGGGUCCGAAGUCCGACAUGGAUCACGGCUGGAUUUGCCCAAGAUUUUGCUGCCGAGGACGGCAAGAACUUCUCUUAUAGCGCCGAACAAAAGGAGUUCCUCCGAGACAAUCCGGAUGCAUAUCUGGCUUACCGCAAAAUGAUAGAGAAGGAAUUGAAUCAACGAUUCAGCCUUGUUAUCAAGUGCACCGACGAAGCCAAAGCCGCGAAAAUGUACUCUGACAAGGAGAUGCGACGGAGAAUGGAAAAAAAGCCCCAGGUAGCGGAAGCAAUAAUCCCGCGCGACUUUGCUGUCGGAUGCCGACGCCCUACACCCGGGAAUGGCUACCUGGAAGCUUUGACUGGAGACAAGACAACGUGUUUCACGCAGACCAUCACAGGCGUGACGCCUCGCGGAUUUGUUGACGGUGACGGCAACGAAUACGACGUGGAUGCAAUAGUUUGUGCUACAGGUUUCGACACGUCAUGGAUUCCACGGUUCCCUCUGAGUGUCAACGGUGCUGAUCUUCGUGACACUUGGAGAAAGGAAGGGGUGAUCUCAUACUUGAGUGUCGCUGUACCCGGAGUCCCGAACUACUUCUCGUUCUGUGGACCGUAUGGCCCUCUGGCUCAUGGAAGCUUUUUCCCGAUCAUAGAAAGAUAUACCGGGUAUAUCAUUGACGUGGUCGCGAAGAUGCAGACCGAGGGCAUCCAGUCGCUAACACCCAGAAAGAAGAUCGCUCAAGAUUUCAUGAGACACUCCGCCGAAUUCUUGAAACGUACCGCGUGGACUGAUCCAUGUUCAAGUUGGUUCAAGAACGGCCAACCCGAAGGCUUACCGACUAUUUUUCCAGGAAGCAGAGUGUCGUUUCUCCGACUUUUGAGCAGUCCCAGGUAUGAAGAUUACGACGUAAGCUAUGACAGCGCCAAUACUUUCGCCUUCCUCGGUAAUGGCUUCGCCAUGGAGGAGCUUGACGGCAGUGACAUGACAUACUACCUAGGAAGACUGGACGCAGAUGUGGACAUUGUGCAGAUUCGAGAAAAGUUGAAGGGGACAGCUUCAAGUGUAUGCAGGGUAGCGUAG